AUGAUUCCAAGAGUCACUGUUAGAAGACUGGUACCUCAAUUGAGGCCUGGCGUUGCUAGUUUAAGGUUCAAGACAACUUCAGCAUCAAAGGAUGAAAUCGGUCAUUUCCAAGAAUUGGCACCUACAUGGUGGGACGUUAAUGGUUCUCAAAGAAUUCUGCAUUUGAUGAAUAACAGUAGGCUGGAUUUUAUCCAGAGAAUCAUCAGACAGAGUGUUAAAGUGGAGGAUCCAGAUACUUAUAUACCGGGGUUCCAAUACAAAGCCUUCUUCCCUCAACAAGUGUCACAAGGAAUUGAGGAUGACUUAGAUUCAAAGAUCAAUGAAAAAUUGAAAGAUGCUCAAUUCAAUGUCCUUGAUAUUGGUUGUGGUGGUGGUAUUCUAGCGGAAUGCCUUGCGAGAUUACCGAUUACUAGACAUGUUACUGGGGUAGAUCUAACACCAGAUGUAAUUAAAGUGGCUCGUGAGCAUUCUGCUAAGGAUCCAGCAUUAAGUGGGAAAUUGGAAUAUAGGUUACAGGCAUUAGAAGAAGUGGAAGGUACAUACGAUUUGGUUACUUGCUUCGAAAUGUUAGAACAUGUAGAUGUUCCUGCAGAAAUAUUACGACAUGCUUGGAUGAGACUUAAACCGCAAGGUAUUUUAUUUUUGAGUACCAUUAAUAGAGACUUUAUUUCAUGGUUUACCACUAUUUUCAUGGGUGAAUAUGUGCUUAAAGUGGUCCCAAAGGGUACUCAUCAUUUGACGAAGUAUAUCAAAUCCUCUGAGAUUAAAGAAUGGUUCCAAGAGAAUGAACCUCACACACAUAAGAUUUUAGAUACAAAAGGAGUCAUGUACCGUCCAUUUAAUGGCUGGGCUGAGCAUGACUGUCCAGAUAUUGGCAAUUAUUUCAUGGCUAUCAAGAAAUUAAACUAA